AUGGCAGCUUCAAGGCUACGACAGAUUUUAGCGGACCAAGGCACCAUGGUUGUAUGUCCUGGGGUUUAUGAUGGCCUUACUGCACGAAUAGCUCUGGCUUCUGGAUAUGAAGCUCUGUAUAUGACAGGGGCAGGAACAACCGCAUCCCGACUUGGGCAACCUGACCUCGGCGUAGUCACGUUGCCUGAAAUGCGUGAGACUGCUUCGAUGAUAGCUGGUCUUGAUAAAUCCAUUCCUCUCAUUGCAGAUGCAGACACGGGAUUCGGCGGGUCGCUGAUGGUCCAUCGUACUGUCAUCGAGUAUAUUCGUGCGGGAGUUGCAGCUCUACACCUCGAGGACCAGGCGACCUCCAAGCGCUGUGGGCACCUUCUACAUAAGCAACUUGUCACCAAGGACGAAUUCUUAUCGCGCAUCAAGGCAGCAGUAAAUGCUCGUCAAUCGUCGGGUAGUGACAUCGUUCUCAUCGCUCGGACCGACUCGCUUGCUACCCUUGGAUACGACCAGGCAGUCUCUCGCCUAAAGGCAGCGAUUAAUUUAGGUGCAGAUGUUGCAUUUCUCGAAGGUAUAAGCUCUAAGGAGCAGGCAAGACGGGCAUGCGAAGAUCUCAGUCCCACUCCGGUUCUAUUCAAUGCAGUAACAGGGGGUGUCUCACCCGAACUGUCAGUUGAAGAAGCAAAGGCCCUAGGUUUCCGGCUGAUGAUAUUCCCCGGAUUUGCACUUGAGCCUGUACACAAGGCAGUGAGCGAAGCAGCAAGGCACCUAAAAGAGAACGGAAGGUUGGUCAUGUCUGGGGCAGGCGGGCCAAAGGAUUUCUUCAAUAUUGUGGGCCUGAAAGACGCCUUGGCCAUAGAUGCGGCAUCCGGGGAAAAUUUAUUUCAACAAGGCGUUUGA